CACGAGCCGAGCACUAGUGGGCGGGAUUUAUUAAUCUCGUCAAUCCAAGAUGGCGGCUGCCUUCAAUGAAAGAAUGGGGCUGCUACUCGGGAUCUGCGUUUCUUUGCUUUUCGGCAGUGCCUUGGCUGUGGACCGGGGGAACUUCAAAACUUGUGAUCAGAGUGCCUUCUGCAAGCGUCAGAGGGCCAUGAAGCCUGGUCAGUCUCCGUACCGGGCUUUACUGGACACUCUGGAGCUCAGUGACUCCAGACUCACUCUACAGCUCAUCAAUGACAACAACAAGGUGCACUUGCUGUUGGAGCUGUAUAGGCUCCAGGGGAACAUCACUCGUGUAAAGAUCAAUGAGCUGAAACCCCUGAAGCCUCGAUUUGAAGUGCCAGAUGUGCUGGUAGGGGAGCCACGCACUGAGCCUCUCUCGGUGCUGUCUAAGGAUGAUAACGGCGUGGUUUUGUCUCUGGGAGCAGAGAGCCAGAGGCUCAUAGUUAGCGCUCGCCCCUUCAGGCUGGAUAUCAUGGAGGGGCCUGAAGUGCUGCUGUCGCUUAACUCCCGCGGCCUGCUCGCUUUUGAGCACCUGAGGCUACGGAAAGACACUCAGGCAGACCCAGACCCAGAGGGUGCAGAAGUGAAAGAGAAUGUUGAUGGAGCUGAGGAGCAGGACACUGAAGAAAAGGCAGAAGACGGAGGGAAAGAUAAAGAAGAGAAAGAAGAAAAAGAUGAUGGCUUGUGGGAGGAGACAUUUAAGUCACACACAGACAGUAAACCCAAUGGGCCAACGUCAAUUAGUUUAGAUUUCUCCUUGCCUGGAGUAGAACAUGUAUAUGGCAUACCGGAGCAUGCGGACAGCCUUAAACUCAAAACCACAGAUGGGGGAGACCCGUACAGGUUGUACAAUCUGGAUGUGUUCCAGUAUGAACUCUAUAACCCCAUGGCCUUGUAUGGAUCAGUGCCAGUCAUGCUGGCCCAUAAUGCUCAGAGGACCAUGGGCAUAUUCUGGCACAAUGCUGCCGAGACCUGGGUGGACAUCAGCUCCAACACUGCUGGCAAAACUGUGUUUGGGAAGAUGCUGGACUUUGUUCAGGGCUCCAGUGAGACUCCUCAGACUGAUGUACGCUGGAUCUCUGAGAGUGGCAUCAUUGAUGUCUUUAUCAUGCUUGGACCCAAGCCAUCUGAUGUUUUCGCACAAUACGCCUCACUUACAGGUACCCAGGCCUUCCCCCCUCUGUCUGCACUGGCCUACCACCAGUGUCGCUGGAACUACAAUGACCAGGAUGAUGUGAAGGCAGUGGAUCAGGGCUUUGAUGAGCAUGACAUUCCAUAUGACUUCAUCUGGCUGGAUAUCGAGCACACAGAUGGCAAGCGCUACUUCACCUGGGACCCUCACAAGUUCCCUCAGCCCAAAGAGAUGCUGCAGAACAUCAUGGACAAGAGGCGCCAGAUGGUGGCUAUCGUAGACCCUCAUAUUAAAGUGGACAGCAGCUACAAGAUCCAUAACGAGCUAACUGCCAAAAACUUCUACGUCAAAAACAAAGAUGGCAGAGACUACGAGGGAUGGUGCUGGCCAGGGAACUCUGGUUAUCCAGACUUCUCUAGACCAGAAAUGAGAGCCUGGUGGGCCAGUAUGUUUGCAUUUGAUCAGUAUGAAGGUUCGAUGAAGAACCUGUACACUUGGAACGAUAUGAAUGAGCCAUCCGUGUUCAACGGCCCAGAGGUCACUAUGUACAAAGACGCAGUACAUGGCAACUGGGAACACCGGGACCUCCACAACCUCUAUGGCAUCUAUGUGCAAAUGGCCACAUUUGAAGGUCUGAUCCAGAGGUCUGGGGGAACAGAGAGGCCGUUUGUUCUCACUAGAGCCUUCUUCGCUGGCUCACAAAGAUACGGUGCUGUGUGGACUGGAGAUAACUCAGCCGAGUGGGACCACCUGAAGAUCUCUAUCCCCAUGUGUCUGAGUAUUGGGCUGGUGGGCAUCUCAUUCUGUGGAGCUGAUGUUGGUGGCUUCUUUAAGAACCCCAGUACUGAGCUGCUGGUGCGUUGGUACCAGACUGGUGCCUACCAGCCAUUCUUCCGUGCACAUGCCCACCUGGACACCCCCAGGCGCGAGCCUUGGCUGUUUGGCCCAGAGAACACUGCUCUCAUCCGGGAUGCUGUCCGCCAGCGCUAUGCUCUCCUGCCUUACUGGUACCAGCAGUUCUAUCAUGCAUACAGAACCGGCGAGCCUGUCAUGAGGCCUCUGUGGGUUGAGUAUCCGAGAGACACAGCUACUUUCACCAUUGAUGAUGAAUUUCUGAUUGGUCGAGAUUUGUUGGUCCACCCUGUCACUGAGGAGGGGGCACGAGGAGUCACAGCCUACCUGCCUGGAUCUGGGGAGGUUUGGUAUGAUGUCCACACAUUCCAGAAACACGUUGGUGCUCAGAACCUCUACAUUCCAGUCACCAUGAGCUCUAUCCCAGUCUUCCAGCGUGGCGGCUCAAUCAUUCCUAGAAAGGUCAGAGUUCGUAGGUCAUCUGCGUGCACAGAGAAUGACCCCUACACCUUGUACGUGGCUCUCAGUCCACAGAGAGUUGCUAAAGGCGAGCUCUACAUAGACGACGGCCACACGUUUGAUUUCCAAGCGAAGAAAGAGUUUGUUCACCGGAGCCUAACAUUCUCCAACAAUGCCCUGACAUCCAGGAACUUGUGUUUGGAUUGCAAGUUCAAUACUAAGUCCUGGAUUGAAAAGAUUUUCAUACUGGGAACCAGUAAGCCCAACAAGGUUACUCUUCAAAUGGAUGGUCGAAACACUGUUGUGGAGUUUGAGUUUGAUGCCGCCAUGUCAGUGCUAAUCCUGCGCAAACCAGGCAUGAAUGCAGCAGCAGACUGGACCAUCCUGCUGCAGUAACACACUGGAAGAGCCUGGGGGUAUGGGUGCAGGAUCCAAACACUUACAGUAAUCCAAGCGACCAAGACGGGGUGGUUCAGUUGGACUGACCAAGAGAUAAAAGACUACUCAUAAAAAUACAAUCAUAUUUGAUACUAUUAACUCCUAUAUUGUGUUUUCUCUCUCUCUCUCUCUCUCACACACACACACACACACACACACACGUGCGCGCACAAAAAAAAAAUCAGGUAAAGGGGUGGAUUGUGCUUCAGUAGGAGGGUAUUUCAGAGUAGUUUGGGGUCUAAAUAGGAGUUAAAUGGUAGAUAUUUCAAGUUUUAAAUUUUGUAUGCCCGUUGUCCAAAAAUUAAGUAACUUUUCAAACUGUUUUCCUGUAGUAAAUGUAGUCAACCUGUGAUUUAAAAGGAAUGGAGAGCAUGUUUUGAUGCAUUCGGCUUAUUCCAAUUAAUUUCAAUUCAAUUUAAAACAGAGGACAUGUGGUUUGCUGAUUUUCAUUGAUUUUUAUAGUAGAUUGAUGGCUACAAAGUGGGUAGUACAUGCCAGGCCGACAAACUUGGACUAUGUUUAGGGGAAUUAAACCACACACUGACUUAGUGGAGGUGUGUCCAGUUUCUUUAAUGUUUACUUUUUUCUGGUUGUUUUUAUUUUUUUUUUCCAGAGCACUUGAAUACCUCUGAGGGUGAUUAGAUAUUUUGAAUAAAAACAUUUAACCCUCAGUUUACAAUGAAUGCAACAGAGUUGGCUGUGUAACGAUAAUGUGAAGGUUACCAAUAUUGAGAUUGUGAUGACAUCUUUGCACAUGAUGUACCUAAUUUUAAUUUCUACUGAUUUUUUUCCCCCCUGUACAUUCCUGCCAUAUCUGCUGAUAUCAAUGUUAAAAUGUUCCUUGGUUGCUCUAAUAAGGACCAUACAGCUCUUUUUUUUUUUUUUCUUCCCUUCACAGAUAUAUGUAGUGUAAUGAAAUUUUUCAGGAGACAACCAAAAAAAAAAGAAAAAGUGGUAUGUUUGUCUUGGUAAUUCUUACAGGCUGUGAUUUAAUGACCUCUUGAAGACUUGGUCAGGCAAGAUGUUAAUUAAAAACAAAUUGUUCCCAAAUA